CCUACCGGAGCUAGAGCCUGAGCCAACCUUCGCUAUUACGCAAACGCAGAGCAGCUUACCGGAUAUGGAAGUGGUGGGCCUCUUGUGUGUGAUAGCUGCGAUCCUGAUAUGGGCACUUCUUUGGGUUUGGGACUCCUCAGAACUAAAGAGAAGUCGGGAGCAAGCUGGCCUGCUGGGAGCUGGAAGCCGGACCCUACUCGUGACUGCUCACCCAGAUGAUGAGGCCAUGUUCUUUGCUCCCACCGUGCUAGGCUUGGCCCGCCUGAAACACCAGGUGUCCCUGCUCUGCUUCUCUGCAGGAAAUUACUACAAUCAAGGAGAGACCCGUAAGAAGGAACUUUUGCAGAGCUGUGAUGUUUUGGGGAUUCCACCCUCCCGUGUAAUGAUUAUUGACAACAGGACUUUCCCAGAUGACCCAGCAGUGCAGUGGGACACGAAGCAUGUGGCUAGCAUCCUCCUCCAGUACACAGAGGUCAAUGGCAUCAACCUGGUGGUGACUUUCGAUUCAGGAGGAGUCAGUGGUCACAGCAAUCAUGUUGCUCUGUAUGCAGCUGUGAGGGCCCUGUACUCAGAAGGGAAGUUCCCUGAAGGGUGUUCUGUACUGACGCUUCAAUCUGUGAAUGUGCUGCGCAAAUACCUCUCCCUUCUGGAUCUGCCCUGGUCUCUGCUGCAUACGCAGGGUGUCCUCUUCGUGCUCACCAGUGAGGAAGUGGCACGGGCCAAGAAAGCCAUGUCCUGCCAUCGUAGCCAGCUCUUGUGGUUCCGUCGUCUCUACAUUUUCUUCUCCAGGUACAUGAGAAUCAACUCACUGCACUUCCUCUCAAGCCUUGAAGUGUUUUCAGAUCUAAGGAAUAAAGGAGAACAAUAGACCAGGAACCCCUGGGACCUGGCCCGAAGCUGACUUAAUUCUCUGAGCCAAAGGAGAUCACAGCUAAAGAGAGGCCAUGUAGACCAACAUUCUACCCAGUCUUCCUUAGGCUGGGGGAAAACUCUGAAAAAAACAAAAUAAACCAACUGUGGAUAGUAAUAGCUACCUACUAGCUUCACAAGUUUUUGUGAAAAACAUGUGCAUGACAUAGUGUAUGUCAAAUAUCUAGCACAGAGCUCGGCAGGUUACUGCCAUAAAUGAAUGUCAAAGUGCUCUAAAACACUUCACAGUUGGGGAAUCAGCUCAGUGGUGCAACUGCCUGCCUUGCAAGGGCAAGGUCUAGAGUUUGAUCCCUGGUACAAUUAAUUACAAAUUACAAUUAAUUAAAAAUGAAUUAAAUGAAAAAUAAAUAAAACACUCCAUGGAUGAGAUUUUUACAAUGAUUCUAAAGCAGGGUGUCUUGGUUCAUUUUCUGCUGCUAUAACUGAAUACCACAAACCCA